GAGGACGAGUGGCUACGGUUCAGAAGCUGUGGAUGGACUUGUUACUCUUUUCAACAUACAGAACACAACUCCAAUUAGUACAUAAAAAACAAUGUUCAAUGUAGAAAUGUUAAUGCUACACGGAAACAUGAGCGCACCGCGCAAGAUGCUACUCCCAGCGUGGCACGGACUGGGGCUGUGGCCGCAGGGUGGCGCUGUUUGACAGUGAGCGGAGCGACGCGUCUGGCGCGCAGAGGGACGCGCGGCGGCUCGGACUCGUCUUCAGCUCGGCACUGAACGCAUCAGCGAAACUUGGCCCGCGGAUCUCGCUCCAGCUCCAGGUAACGGAACCGCUCUUGUCUUACUAACCGCAGCCGCCCACAUCGCCUCUACACGCACGACGGACCACUGCGUCAAGAGGUUUCUCGUUUGAAGAACUAACUUUCUGGCAUUUCUCCGGAAACAGUGGCCAAAGGUUGUUCUCGCUCUUCAGGUGUGAACGCGUUCAUUUCCCGGCUGGAACCGCGCUGAUGCGGCUCCGACUGGGUGGACUAGUUAGUGUCCUCAUAAGUGUGUGUGUGUGCGUGUGUGUGCGUGUCAGAGAGCGAGUGUGGCCCGGGGUUCACGAUGCUGCCACCUGUGAAGAAGGAUCGAAUCAUUACACAACUGCCAAAGUGUUUCAGUCCCCACGCAGCGCUGCACACCCGAGACAGCUUCCACCCUCAGGUGACGGCCGCGUGCCAGGUCCAGAGGCCCGACUCGGUCAGCUUGAACGUGGCCAAGGUCAUCGUGGUGGGAGACGUGGCUGUGGGGAAGACGUGUCUGAUCAGCAGGUUCUGCAGGGGGGCGUUUGACAGGAACUACAAGGCCACCAUCGGCGUGGACUUUGAGAUGGAGCGCUUCCAGGUUCUGGGGCUCCCGUUCAGCCUGCAGCUGUGGGACACGGCGGGGCAGGAGCGCUUCAAGUGCAUCGCCUCCACUUACUACAGAGGAGCUCAAGCCAUCGUCGUCGUGUUCGACCUGAGCUGCGUCGGGUCACUCGCACACGCCAGGCAGUGGCUGCAGGACGCCAUGAAGGAGAACGACCCGUCCAGCGUUCUUCUGUUUCUGGUCGGCACCAAGAAGGACCUGAGCUCUCCAGAGCAGCUGGCCCUGGUGGAGCAGGAGGCCAUCAGGCUGUCGGAGGAGAUCCGGGCCGAGUACUGGGCCGUGUCCGCCAAGUCAGGAGACGGCGUCAGGGACUUCUUCUUCCGCGUGGCGUCGCUGACCUUCGAGGCCAACGUUCUGUCGGAGGUGGAGAAGAGCGGCUCCCGCCAUCCCACCGACGUCAUCAGAAUCACGGAGACGCACGACGCCCGCCUAGCCGCCAGGAAGCCCAACUGCUGCCGGUGAGGAGGAGCCAGUCUGGACCGGACCCGAGGUCAAACAUGAAACCGUGACCGUUUGGUAAUGAGGGUCAACCGCAGGCCAGUGCUGUGACUCAUCUGUCGACCGGCAGAGGCUCUGCAUGACCCGGAUACUUGGCUUCACGGGGA